AUGAAGCCCUCGUAUAUUUUAUAUGCCCUGGGGGUAUUUCUUACUGGAGUGGUAGCAGAUUCUAGCUUCACCCCAGCCAGACCCCCGGCGAUACCAUUAGCUGUCAAGUCUCCCUAUUUGAGUGUAUGGCAGAAUGCCGCACCUCAAGCUGCCAAUGGUGAUCAAGAGAUAGGUGGACCUGGAAAUGGAGGUUAUAUCGCUGGCGAAUGGUCCACCUUUUGGCCAGGGCAGAUUAUUGGCUGGGCCGGGAUUGUAAGAGUUGAUGGCGAUGUAUAUACCUGGCUGGGUUCUCCUGGAAAUCCAGGAAACACGCUUGUCAACCAGACGGCUUUCUCCUAUACAGCCAUGAGGAGCAUUUUCACCUUGAAUAUCAACGACAAGGUUGAAAUGAAUGUGACAUUUCUUUCUCCCGCUUUUCCAGAUGAUUCUCUGCGCCAGUCUCUUAUCUACUCCUAUUUGAAUGUUGAUAUCAAGUCAAUCGAUGGAUCCAAGCACGAUGUUCAGUUAUAUGCCGAUAUUUCUGCAGAAUGGGUUUCUGGUGAUCGUAGCUCUAUCGCCCAAUGGGACUUUGGCACCACCGGAAACGUGGCUUAUCACACGGUGUAUCGACAGACCCAAUUACUGUUCUCCCAAACCCAAGGCCAUCAGGCUGACUGGGGUGACUGGUACUGGUCAGCACUUUCUGGUAAUGGAUUAACAUACCAGAGUGGUCAAGACAUUGUUGUCCGGGGACAAUUUCAAAACAAUGGCGUCCUGCUAAAUUCCUCCGACACAAACUAUCGCGCUAUAAAUGACGACUGGCCAGUUUUCGGCUUUGCAUAUAAGUACAGCUCUCUUGGAUCUAAACCUAAGAAGGCUCUCUUCUCUAUCGGUCUCGCUCAAGAAUACGCUAUCCAAUUUGAUGGGGCCAGUGGUAAUGUAUCAGUACCAUCCUUGUGGACAAGCUAUUUCCAAGACGCACCAGCAGCUACGAAGUUUUUUAUGAAUGACUACAGAAUGGCAUCUUCAAUGGCUGACGCGAUCGAUGCAAAAGUCUACUCAGAUUCAGUCCAAGCCUCUGGUCAGGAUUACGCGACAUACACAACCCUAGCUUACCGCCAAGCAUUUGCUGGGCUUCAACUUUGUAAUACCCCAGAUGAGCCAUACGUCUUUUUGAAAGAAAUCUCGUCUGAUGACAACAUUCAAACCGUGGAUGUUAUCUUUCCAAUGCAUCCUAUACUGCUUUACACGAAUGUCACAUGGCUCAAAUGGACUUUAGAUCCUCUCUUCAUCAACCAGGAGUCAGGCCAAUAUCCCCAUGCUUACUCUAUGCAUGACCUAGGAUCGACAUAUCCUAACGCUACUGGGCAUGAGUAUAUUGCUGACGAGUAUAUGCCUGUUGAAGAAUGCGGUAAUAUGUUGAUCAUGACCUUGGGUUACGCUCAACGAGCAAACGACACAGCGUAUCUCCAACAACACUAUAAGAUCUUGGACCAGUGGACUCAGUAUUUGAUCGAGUUCUCGGAAUAUCCCGAAAAUCAAAUAUCAACGGAUGAUUUUGCUGGGGCUCUUGCCAACCAAACAAACCUCGCGCUGAAAGGCAUUAUUGGUAUCCAAGCAAUGAGUAAGAUUGCCAAUUUGACGGGAAAUGAAUCGACCGGCGCCAAUUACAGCUCUAUCGCCGCAACAUACCUCUCCGCUUGGCAAGAACACGGAAUCGAAUCUUCUGCUAGCCCACCGCAUACUACUCUAGCUUACGAUGAUGAAACCAGCUACGGUCUAUUGUAUAAUCUUUGGGCAGACAAAGCUUUGUCAUUGAAUUUCGUCCCGCAGUCUAUUUACGAUAUGCAGAGCACAUUCUACGCCACCGUGUUUAACGAAUACGGUAUUUAUCUUGACACUAGACACACAUAUACCAAGGUUGAUUGGGAAGCAUUUGUCGCAUCCAUUGCUUCCUCUGAUGUGCAGUCCAAGCUCUUCAGUGUAAUUGCCAAGUGGAUAAACUCUACACCCAAUGCGGUGCCUUUAACGGACUGGUACGAUGCGGUCUCUGGAGACUGGGAGGACUUUGCAGCACGUCCUGUGCUAGGCGGGUCAUUCGCAUUACUUGCUCUCCCUUGAAAAGCAUCACAGGAGUUCGCGCAACCGAGGCUGGUGAGGG